UCGUCUCAGCAUCAGUUCUCAUCCAUCUCAUCAAAUCAACAAACCAAUCCAUCCGUCAACCAACCAACCCUUCAUCAUGAAAUUUUUGAUUGUUGCCGCCCUCGUCGCCUGCGCCGUCGCCAGCCCCAUGUCGUAUGGUGGAUCUUCUUCUUCCUAUGGAGGAUCUUCCUAUGGGAGCUCAAACUCAUAUGGUGGACAAAUGCAACCCUCCUCCAACCCUAACAUGAAGCAACAAGCCAACUACGGGUCAUCCUCAGUGACCUACACCGCCCCAGGACAAGUGUACACCGCACAACCCGUCACCUAUGUCGCCCCUCAGUUGACCUUCCACCCCCCACAAGUCCACUACAACGGACAAUCUGUGACCUACUCCCAGCCCGCUGCCGAACAGAGUGGUCCCCAAGUCCUCAACUUCCAACAAGGAGGAUCCUCUUACUCCUCGGGUGGUUCCAGCUAUGGCGGUUCCUCCUCCUCCUACCAGGCUGCUUCUUCCUCCUACUAAAUUCUAAAAAAUCGGACCCCACGACGACACGACCGGAUAUUGUGAAGGAGUAGAAUAUAUAUAGAAUUUUUAAUUUUUUUUAAACGAUAGCGUAGAAUUUGACAAGGCUGUGAUAUCGAUUGGAUUUUUGGAUUGAUUUUUUGAUGAGCUAAA